AUGCCAGCCUACCACUCCGUCUUCCUUGACGAGCCCAACCAACAACUAGUCGGGAACUUCGCCCUCCUCCCCCUCCGAACACGAACCCGUGGCCCCGCCCAACAACUCCCACCCCUCGCGGGCGUCUCAGAACUCGACAUCGAAGCCAGCAACGAAAGCUACGACCCCCUCGACGAAGUCCUCUCCCUCUUCCGCGCCAACACCUUCUUCCGCAACUUCGAGAUCAAAGGCCCCGCCGACCGCGUCCUCAUCUACGGCAUCCUGUACGUCAGCGAGGCGCUGGGUAAGAUCAAGCCUGGCCUGAGCCGACGGGAUGCCGAGAAGGCGGUCAUGAACACGGCGUUGGAUACCAACUUUGCGAUCCCUGGCGAUGCGGGGUUUCCGCUCAAUCAGAUGUUUGAGCCGCCCAGGGAUCGGAAUGAGGCGGAGGUGUUGAGGCAGUAUAUUAUGCAAAUGAGGCAGGAGUUGGCUGUGAGGUUGUUGAAUCGGGUUUAUGCGGAUCCUAGUGGGUUGCCGAGUAAGUGGUGGCUCAGCUUCCAGAAGCGAAAGUUCAUGGGCAAGGCUCUAUGA